UAACUAGUAACUAUAACUAAUUGCUUUUUAAAAGUAACGUGCCCAACACUGAUAAGCGUAAAUCUGUAACUGUUUUGGUUUCUUUUGGUUCAGUUUUUGUGAUUAUUCUCUGUGUUACAGAAUUAAUAAUUCUACAAUAAAUCUCCAAAGUGUUACAUGUGCAUCUAAGUGUCUUUUCUCCACUAUACCAUUUUCAUUCAGCUGAAUGACCUGACAUAAAUAAAGCACCGGACAUAUUUAGUAACAGCUGCAGUUGCAUUUCAGUUUAUUUUGAGCUCAGCUGAUUCUAGUAAGUCCACAUUGCAUUUCUACAUAUUUCCUGUUUGUUUCUUGUUCGCUCCUCUCAUUUUGCAUAAACGAAAGAAGAGUACAGAGACAGUCUUGCUUUUAGCAUUGUUAAUUAUGUCACCAAACCAGAUUGUCUUACUUCCUGAGAAAUGAAACACAAUGACAUUAAAUGAACGGAAAAAAAAAAAUCUGGCAAGAAUUAAAAGCAGACUUCAACUACACCUUUUUUACAGCACACAAAUUACAUAAGUUUCAUGCAAAACCUGUAUUACCUUUUACAAAGUAAAAUGUGAAACUAAAAUGAACUAAAUAAAUCAACUUGCAAACAGACGCUUUUACUUUUGUCUUAUAAAAGGACAUUGCAAUAGAACAUUGUUGUAAUUUGCGUCUUUGUGGCAGUACUGUGUAUGAUUGUUUAAUGCAUCUAUUGUGUUUAUCCUUACUGCCUAACAAGUCCAACAGGUGCAUUAAACAAAGUAGGUGGCAAACCCUAAUGAGAGAGCGACAAGGACACACUCACAGUUGAGACGUCUUGGUGAAACGUGAAUUGAAUCUGUGACAACAUGGACAAGCUUACAAGAAGAAUUGUGGUUUUGGGAAAAACAGGAACUGGGAAAAGCAGCCUUGGCAACACCUUGUUUGGAAAGACUGUGUUUGAGAUAAACCAUUCUCCCAAAUCUGGAACAACUAAAUGUCAGGCAAAGGUCUCAUCCGUAAAUGGAAGAAACAUAAAAUGGAUUGACACACCUGGAUUUUUUGACACGCAAAGACCAGAACAGGAGAUGAGGCAGGAGAUAGUGAGAUGUAUCAAGGAAUGCGCUCCUGGUCCUCAUGUGUUUCUUAUUGUGCUGAAGGUGGAAAAAUUCACAAAGCAAGAGGAGGCUGUCAUAGAGAAACUGAUUGAAUAUUUCUCUGAGGAAACUCUAAAAUAUGCCAUUGUGCUCUUUACCCAUGGUGACCGGCUACCUGAGGGAAUGAAAAUAGAGGAGUUUGUUAAUGGAAGUGAAGGUCUGAGAAAGCUGGUCAUGAAGUGUGGAAAAAGGUGCCACGUCAUUGACAAUAGGUACUGGAAGAAGCCGCAGGAUGAAUACAGAAGUAACCAGACCCAGGUGGCAAAGUUGCUCAACACCAUUGACAAGAUCAUUGAGGCAAACAACGGCGGUUGGUACACCAAUAAGAUGCCGGAGGAAGUGAACAGAAAUAUACAAGAGCAAGAGGACAUUCAACAGUCAUCUCCAAACCUGUCACCAGAUGCAAUUAGACAGGAAACAGAAACUCAAGAGAACGGGAGGAGAAAGAAACUGAUUAAAUACACAUGCAUAACAGCAGGGGCAGUGUUAGGAGCAUUCCUUGGUGGAGCAAUGAAGCUGAUGAACAACGAAGGACAGAGAGUAGCUUUGGUAGUGGGGGUAGCAAUAGGAACAGUAGCAGGAAUAGCAGCUGGAGCAGAUGUGGCAUCGUCAUUAACACAAUCUACUGAGUCAACUACUGUGGUAUAUCAGGAGUAAUAAGAGGGUAAACUGGACAGGGCACAACUGACAGAGCCAAGAGAUGAGCAUAAUAAACAGUCUACAUUGCUAAGGGACACUGAUGUCUAAUAACGCAAGCGCUAAGGGCUAAAUAGCAGAUUUCUAAAACCACAACAUGUUCAGUUUAGUUAUGGACCUAUAAAUAUUCAUAUUUGGUUUCAUAUUUACUAAUAUAAUGUCCACAAGUCGACUUAAGAUCAGACUUAAGUGUAUGAUUUUCUUUUAGGAUCUUGAGUAUAUGUGAUAACAUGAGUAUCUGUAUAAUAAUAAUGAAUCUGUAACUGUCAAGCUUUGGUUUCUUUCAGUUCAAGUUGUUUGUCAUUAUCCUCUGUCUUACAUAAUCAAUAAUUCAACAAUAAAUCUGUCAGUAUUAUGUG